AUGCCUCGUAAGGCUGGUCCGCAGACGCCGAAACAGAAACAAGCCCAGAAAUCAGCUCUCGCUAAGAAGGUCCUCGAUGCGGCGCUCGAAAAUUCAGAUCAGGAGGGAGAAGAGGAGCACAGCCGCUGGGAAUGGAUAUACGAGACGACCUUGAAGAAUGGAAAGAUCAGUACUACGAAAGACCGAAGUAAGAGUCAGUCAGAAAAGAAGGUCGGGUUUGUAAGGAGAGCAGAUGGACUUGAAUGCCGGAUCGGUGAUUGCGUGAUGUUGACUGCGCCGGGAAAUAAUUCGGAUUGGGUUGGCAUGAUUAAGGGAUUUGUUGGACAGGAUCAUGAUGGAGAUGAACUUGCGGAGUUCUUGUGGUUUAGUAAUGAAAAGGAGAUACAUAAUAAAGUGAAGAAAAGAACGGAUUUCCUACCAAACGAAUUAUACAUUACUGUGGGCAUCGACGAGAGCCCAAUCGAGGCGAUCAAAUGUAAAGCCAUAAUUCUGACGGAAAAGGCAUUCAACUCUCGAUUUCCAGCCAAGAAGAUCUCGCGGCAGGACAAAGAGGAAUAUAAUAGAACAUUUAUAUGUCGAAGAGGGUGCAAUACUGGCACAACUACUUAUACAGAAGAACUCAACUGGGACGAGAUAGAGCAUAGAACUGACGAGGAUAUCGAGAAAUUGAUCCAGAAACUAACCUCAGAAACAGUCUCCCGAAAAAGGGGACGCAAACCUGGAUUCAAGGUGGUGAAAAGAAAAAAGGAGGAUUAUCAUAGUGAGGAAGAUGAGGACUUCGAGGACGAUAUCGUCAAAACUCCUAGGAAAAAGCAGAAACAUUCGGCGAUAACGACACCUCGUAAACCUAAAACGCCGACAAAAUUGCUCACACCAAGUCAUAAGAGAAUUGUAGUCAAAAAGCCUUUAGAAUUCACACCACUGGGUACUCGAAUACUAGAUGCAGAUCAUGUAUACUCGUCGCCAUUCCAGACUGCCCGUUCGAGACUACAUGUGGCAUCUGUUCCUGACACGCUUCCAUGUAGAGAAGAUGAGUUUGCUUCGGUUUACUCACAUCUUGAAGCUGCAAUCUACGAGGGGACUGGGUCUUGUAUCUAUAUUUCCGGAACCCCUGGAACUGGGAAGACAGCUACGGUACGGGAAGUCGUAGCUCAGCUGAACGCGUCAGUACAAGCUGAAGAGCUUGACGAUUUCAUCUUCGUUGAGAUCAAUGGUAUGAAAGUUACUGAUCCACAUCAAUCAUACUCUCUGUUAUGGGAAGCUCUGAAGGGAGACCGAGUCAGUCCGUCACAUGCUCUAGAUCUGUUAGAGAGAGAAUUCAAUCAUCCUAGUCCUCGCCGAGUGCCUUGUGUGGUGCUUAUGGAUGAAUUAGAUCAGCUGGUCACGAAAAACCAGAGUGUGAUGUACAAUUUCUUCAAUUGGCCAGGUUUAAGACAUAGCAAACUGAUCGUUCUCGCUGUUGCAAAUACCAUGGAUCUUCCUGAGAGAACGUUGAGUAAUAAAAUCAGUAGCAGACUCGGCCUAACAAGAAUAACAUUCCCCGGUUACACCCACGACCAACUAAUGAAAAUCAUCCAAUCCCGUCUCCUCGGCGUUCCAGGCGACAUAGUCGAGCCCGACGCUAUCCAAUUCGCCUCCCGCAAAGUCGCAGCCGUCUCGGGCGACGCCCGUCGCUGUCUCGACAUCUGUCGCCGCGCCGUCGAACUCGCCGAAGCCGAGUCCCAAAACAUCGUCCCCAACACGCCCAGCAAAAGCGGGAAAGGAGAGAAGAUCUCUCGGUCCGCGGGACGAGUCACGAUCGCUACGAUUAAACGAGCUAUUAAUGAGGCGACGACGUCGCCGCUGCAGUUGUAUCUAAGGGGAUUGCCGUUGGCGGCGAAGAUUUUGCUUGCGGCCCUGUUGGUUCGGACGAGGAGGACGGGGGUUGCGGAGAGUGUGUUGGGGGAUGUGCUUGAUGAGGCGAGACGGAUGGCGAAGAUGGAUACGGGGGGAAAGACGUCGGAGUUUUUGUUGAAAGAUGAUGCUCAGCGGACAAAGACGGCUUCAUCUACGCAAGUAACGAAAACUGCUAGAGUUCUGGGGAUGGGUUUGUCCGCGGUUGAUCUGAUGGAAGCUGGUAUCAUCGGAUUAGAAGCUCGGAAGGCAGAUAGGACGGGCAAGAUACGGCUGAGUAUUGGAGACGAAGACUUGAAGCUGGCUUUCAAGGAUGAUCCUGAGAUUAAGGAUCUUGGAUUUACUGUAUGA